UAACAACUAUCGUAACACAUAAAGUCACGCUGCGGUGUCGCCGUGCAUUGCUCUUUAUUGGAAAAGCUUGUUCUUUUGGUCAAUAACGCUAGUUUGUUUGAUAACUUUUGAGUUAAUUGAAAUGAAACAAUUUGAUUGUUUUAUAUUUGUGAAAGUCAUUCAACGAUUCGGAAAGCCAAUUUAGUGUUGUUGUUGUGUUCUUACAAUGAAACAGGCCCGUGUGCAUCCUCUACCAAGACCUGAAGAAGCACAAGAAAUGCGUGAGUUAAAUUACUUUAGGGAUACGAGAUCAGGCUCGACGAAUAGCUGGACUCGUAUUCGUAAAGGAGUCCAUUCGCUUUCAAAGUGGAAACACUACAACAACUACAUGCGAAUAGAUAACAACGCGAAUUCGAAUCGUGGUGAUGGACCAGGUCCCCGAGACAGAGCGAAUAUUUACCGUCGACAGGAGAGCAAAAAGUCUCAAUGUGCCUUGGAUAGCGAUGUAGAAGACUUAGGAAAAAGCAACUAUAUUUUAACGGAUACACAAGGCUACGUGAAACCGCUUCCGAUCGUCCAAAACGGGUCGCAGUCGGUCGCACCACUUGCCAGCAGUAGGGCCAUGUUAAUCUACUUCGCGAAAUUGGCCAAGGCCAGUGUGGAAGAGGAGCAAGAGUUAGAUUUUGACUUUUUAGAGGAGUUAAUUCAGGACGGGGCCGAUGUGAAUUUCAGUGAUCGGCACGGGCAGACGAUAUUGCACGAAGUUGCAAGGAUAUGGCAUCCGGAUGUAGCUAAGUUUAUCCUGGAAAAUGGAGGCAAAGUCAACGUUUCUGACAGCUACGGAAGGACACCGUUACAUGUCGCCGCUGCUGUAGAUUACCCAGAAAUGGUCGAGUUCCUUUUCCAGAAUGGAGCUGAUCUAGAAGCUAAGACAACAGGAGAGCAGCAGACACCCACACAUUAUGCUGCCAAGAAUGAUGCUACAAAGUCCCUGAAGGUUUUGAUAAAGUUGGGUGGAAACAUGGACGAUAGGGAUUAUAAGGGGAGAACUCCCCUUCAAGUUGCGGCAGAGCUUGAUCGUUCUGAGACGGCAAAGUUCUUGAUUGAUCAAGGCACUGCUGCAGGCGUCCAGGACACUAGCGGCAACUGUUCACUGUCAAUCAUGAUCUCUAAGAUGCCGCCUGUUGCUAAGGAAGCAUUAGAUCAAUUCCAUACCACUGACAGGGCAAAUCGCAAGCAGUACUACUACCUAAAUUACCUUGAGCCAGACCUUCCUGAGAAUGGUCACGGAUGCUACGCGCGGACCCCUCUCCAGUGCGUUGUGCUAUUCAAGCAGAUGGAUCUAAUCAUGCAUCCAGUCUUCCAACGACUCAUCGCGAUCAAAUGGAGCAAGUUCGGACGUCAGGGGGUUAUACUUCAACUCAUAGUCCAACUAUUUUACGUCCUGGUGUGGACAGCGCUGGCGGUGACAUUACACUUCGGCGAAGAAUCUAAGUAUUACUUCCCUCCUUCCAAGUAUUGGUGGCGAAUUGUCAUGGAAACCAUUGUUGUUAGCAUGACAUUCUAUUUUAUCGUUCAGGAGUUCUGGGAACUUCGUUCCUCGAAAUCCGCGCAUUACAAAUGGAAACGGUGGCGAAUUCACAAACUUGAGAAAGAUCUUCAGUAUUGUCACCCUAGAUGGCCAGAGGAGCGGAAAUACUUAGAAAUGGAGCUACGCGAAAUCGCCGACUCCGGGAUUUCUUACUUCAACGACGCGUGGAACUACUUUGAUUGGAUUACUUACGGUUGGGUCACUGCGAUGGUGCUCACACGCGGGCUAGCUGUGGGUAUGAAUAACGCGGCGUCCCAGUCUCUACACCCUAAAGUAUCAGCUGUUGGCAUCAUCUUCAUAUGGCUGCGGUUGAUGAAAAGUGUUCGCGCUUUCGCCACGCUCGGUCCAUUCAUAGUGAUGAUAGGUCACAUAAUCGAUGACACGCUUAAAUUUGCAGUACUAUACUUUGCGUUCUAUUUUCCAUACAUCUGUGCAUUCUGGAUUAUCUUUGGUGGCGCAAAGAAUGCCGCAAUAAUGAAAGCAAAGGGCCAAUCAAGCGAUGGUUGGGAAUCAUUUAACGACCUUAUGUACUCUGUCUGGGAGAUGACGAACGUUGGUAACUACCCUUGGGAGUCUCUGCUCGCAGUGGACAGGCUGAUGGCGCAGCUUUUGUGCGGUACGUACAUUGCUGUCUCCGCCAUUGUCUUGCUGAAUCUGUUCAUUGCUCUUAUGUCGGACACAUUCCAGCGUGUAUACGAUAACGCCAAGGCUAACGCAGCCAUGUUACGUGCCAGCACGAUCUUGAGUCUUGAGGAGGCUAUGGGCAGCGUGAAGCGUGACCGGCAUAGGCACUUUAUCAACACGCGACUCGCACCAGAGGAGCUGUAUUAUGAUGACGACUCGACCCAGCCCGCAAACGGGGAGCUAGAGCGUAUGACACACCAGAUCAAGGACGUUGUGGACGAGGUACUAGAAGCGGUCAAGGAGCCUGGUGCCAACCAUGGAAAUAACGGCAAUACUAACGGCAACGGGAACUGGAAACGAAACAAAGGACUGGAAAUUUUACAAGACGAAGUUACAAAUCUGAAAGAACUUUACGAGCAAACACAAGAAGAAAUGCGCCGAGAAAUGGCCGAGAUGAAAGCCCUGAUAACACAACUGUUACAACUACAAAGACCCAUAACCGCCGCGCUUCCUUCGUUAUCCUCGAUGAGGUCACUCCCUUCGACCAACAUACAACGAGCGCACUCCGACGUUCACCCGAAGUUUAAGUCUGAAGGUAUUCGGGUAUCUCAGCGUAAGCGGCGUCGUGAAAAGCGGAGAGUUGAGAAUGAGGAGGAGAGCAUACCUUACCAGGGACUACCGCUGGCGCCAUCCCCCACUGGCGCACUCCCUAGUGUGUCGGCUCUCAUAUCGGGACGACCGUCUACAAGAGACUCUGGAUCAUUUGCGUAGUGAACACACGACAAUCCGCUCUUCGUUUAAUUCUUUUUUUUUAUUCUAACAAAGAGACAGUAAUCGUACCCGCCUCUUGCGGAAACAUUGUUUCCAUUGCUUUGAUACCAAAAUAUUAUUUUAAAAUCUUUUGUUAAUGAGCCACUUCCAGGUGCGUACCCAGUAUUGGCUGAUGGGGGGGGGGGGGGGGGGGGGGGGGGGUGUGCCCAGUCAUAGCUGUAUCAUAUGGGAAAAGCGCAUUAUUUAAAGAUUCUUUAAUAAGAAAUGCCCACUCAUUUGUCACCAAGGGGGGCGCGCGCGCACCCUGCGCACCCCCCCUGUGUACGCGCCUGACCACCCAACCCAACCCAAGUCAUACAAGUCAUAAGCCAAAAUUAUCUAAAUAGGGAAAUAUUUUUUUACUGGUGAAAACAUAAAGUUUGCUCGUUAAGUAUAUUAGUUGGGUGUUAUUUAUAACACCUCUUAUUUUUUUAAUCAUUGUAUCAAACAAACACAUCAUUAAAAUCUUUAAAUCUG